AGAACAAAAUGUCUUGUGUGAUUGUUGGAGCUGGUAUAGCUGGUACGACGUUAGCUUUAAAACUUCUAGCAAAGAAGAGACCUUUCACACUAAUCAAUCAGACGGAGAAUUUUCAUCUCAAUUUUGCAUCCGUACGAGCUAUCGCAGUGCCAGGAUGGGCAGAGAAAUCGUUAAUACCUUUGACCACGUUUGGUGAUUCGUUUAAAAAAGGAAAAGUUGUUAAGAUUUUGCCAGGAGAGGCUGAUGGGAAAGUUGUAUUAGCGUCUGGAGACGAAGUUGAUUAUCAAUACUUAGUGUUAGCGACUGGCACCACACACAAAUGGCCUGUCAAAUUGAUUGGAAUGGAAAAAGAAGAAGCGUUUAAUGGCUACAAAGAUUUGGUUGAAAGGGUUAAGAACGCUAAAAAGGUUGUUGUGGUAGGUGGUGGUGCAACGGGCGUGGAAACAGUAGCCGAAAUCAAAACUGUUUAUCCAGAUAAAGAGGUCACUUUGAUUCACGCCACUGAUCAUCUUGUCACUGACAAAUUGACUGAGCGAAGUCAACAAAAACUACAAGAUAUUAUGAAGAAUGAAUUCAAAGCCAAUCUACUUUUAGGUGAAAAGGUUGAAAACUUAAACGAUCUUUCAGAAACAGGUCCAGGCACAGUGGUAACAAACAAGGGAACGUCAAUAGAAGCAGAUGUGUUGUUCAAAUUUGUUGGAUUGAAAGUGAACAACGAUGCUUACAAAGAUUCGUUGAGUUCUGCUGUGGAUGAGAAAGGUGCUUUAAAAGUUGACAACUGUCUUCGCGUGGAAGGGUUUAAGAACAUUUACGCGAUUGGUGAUUGUACGAACAUUGAUGAACCAAAACUUGCAAUGUAUGCGAUCAAGCAAGGUGAAACGAUGGCAACGUCUAUAUUAAACAUGGAUAAGGGAAAGCCCGAGGCUACAUAUAAACCAGACAGCGCACCAAUCCUAACAGCCUUCUCGCUUGGUCCAAAUAAUGGUUUUGCUCGAACGAAAGGCGAUUGGAAGAUGCCGGUUUUCUUAGUGAAGAAAAUCAAAUCUACUAAUCUUUUUACUGAUAAGUGGUGGAAAGAUUUAAACCAGGAAUGUCCAUAAAUUAUAAAAAGAAUAUCCUUUAGCACGUUUUUGUUUUGUUUUCUUUUUCUUCUCUUUCUUAUCUACCAGCUGCCUUCUAAAAGAUUGAUUUUUAUUGUUGUUGAUGACUUGUCACUUUUCUAUUUAUUACCAGUGAUUUUAUUUUCUCUCCCUCGUUCUCACAAGACGUGACUGAUGUUUCACAGCCAACGUUAUUAGAAACAAAGUUUUUGGAGUAAUAUAAGAGGUUUGGUGGAGUACACCUUUUCUAUUUAUUUUUGAAACAUUGCUAAAUACGUUUGUUCAAAGCCUUAAUUUUCGCCUAGGUUUUAAACCGAGAUCUAGUAUAGCGUAAAAGUUAGAUUGUUUUGAAGAUACGAUUUAUUUUUGCAGGAACUAAUUUUCGCGAAGUUGGUAAGUACUAAUAUUUUGCUAGACUUAUAGAAUUGGAAGACAUUUGUUCAAAAGCUGUUAUGUAGGAGACACAAAAUAAAGACUGCUUAAGUCAAUAUUUACAUAUAUGUUAUGUAGAACUAGGUAAAUUAGAAGAAGCAAAAAUUGUCUAAAAAUUUUUCUAAAAGAAAAGAAUAUUCAAAUUUCGGGAAACCAAUUUUCACGAAAUUAACAAAACUCGAUAAACUCGCGAAUAUUAAUUUUCGCAAAAUUUAACUCCCUUAAGUUACUAUCUGCGAAUCGCAACAAAUUUGAUGUUUUGGCUGAAAACGUUGGUCACGCAUACUAAAUAAUUUACUUUCUUCACGCAUGGGUUUUUAUAAUGGUUUCUUCACAAUAAUUUUUAUAUAUUGUAUCCAUAUUUAUUUGAUUAUAAUCUAGCGCAUAUUUAUAGGUUUUUAUCUUUAUUAGCACACACAGCCCAGAUUAGAUGGCAUUCCUCGCUUUCAUUCAUCGGCGUAAUUAAGCUCACAUUUAAGUUGGAAAAAAUCGAGGCGAUAAAGUUUUUCGACUCGCUUGUUCCAAGCGUAAAUGUGAAGUUUUGUACCAGUGAAUCGCGAUGAACCGAGUAAUGUCAGACCCUUACUGUGUUAUUCAUUUUUAUGCAUGUAUAGGAAAUUGUUUAGUCAAUAAUAUAUGUUCGCAACUCA